CGACCGCGAGCGCAACAAGAAGCGGCUGCUGGAGCUGCUGCAGUCUGCGGGCACCGGCAACGCGCACUGUGCUGACUGCGGGGCAGCAGGGCCCUCGACAGCCCUCCGCGUGUCCGACACGGACAUACCACCCACCCGGACUUGGAUCCCUGGCUCCCUACUCUGGGCAGGAUUCGGAUCUGUCCUCGAACCUGGACCCUAACCCUACAUCCUGGACACUGGAAUCAAGCCUGUCCCAGCCGGCAUCCCCCACCCACACACACUCUCCUCUACACCCCUCUGCCCAGCGCGCCCAUGAUCUGGGUUCUCCAAGUCUUGCCCAGAACCAGAUCCCGACUGGGCCUCUUACAAGCUGGGGAUCUUCAUCUGCCUGAACUGCUCCGGCGUCCACCGCAAUUUCCCCGACAUCAGCAGAGUUAAAUCCGUGCGACUUGACUUCUGGGACGACAGCAUCGUGGAGUUUAUGACCCACAACGGAAACCUCCGAGUGAAGGCCAAGUUCGAAGCCAGAGUUCCAGCUUUCUAUUACAUCCCCCAAGCCAGUGACUGCCUAGUCUUAAAGGAGCAAUGGAUUCGAGCAAAAUACGAGAGACAGGAAUUUAUGGCUGAUGGGAAAAUCAUCUCCCUGCCAGGCAAUCGCGAGGGCGUCCUGUGGAAGCGAGGGAGGGACAACGCUCAGUUCCUGAAGAGGAGGUUUGUGCUUCUGGCAAGAGAAGGCCUACUGAAGUACUACACCAAGGAGGAGGGGAAGAACCCCAAAGCUGUCAUCAGCAUCAAGGAUUUGAACGCCACCUUCCAGACGGAGAAGAUAGGGCAUCCUCAUGGGCUGCAGAUCACCUACCAGAAAGACGGCCACACCAGGAACCUGUUUGUGUAUCAUGAGAGUGGGAAAGAGAUAGUGGACUGGUUCAACGCCCUCCGGGCGGCGCGGUUACAAUACCUAAAAACAGCCUUUCCUGAGCUCCCAGAAUCCGAGCUCCUGCCACUCCUCACCCGGAAUUACCUCAAACAAGGCUUCAUGGAGAAGACGGGGCCAAAGCAGAAAGAACCUUUCAAGAAAAGGUGGUUCGCCCUGGACCCCCAGGAGCGGAGGCUGCUGUAUUAUAAGAACCCAUUGGAUGCCUUUGAGCAGGGCCAGGUUUUCCUCGGGAGCAAGGAGCAUGGCUACGAAGUCUGUGAAGGCCUGCCCAAGGGUGUCCGAGGCAGCCGCUGGAAAGCCGGCCUCACCGUGGUCACUCCUGAGCGCAGAUUCGUGCUCACCUGCCCCAGCGAGAAGGAGCAGCGCGAGUGGCUGGAGAGCCUGCGGGAGGUCCUGACUUGUCCCCUGACACCUCUCCUCGGUAAGACUGGGGAACUAAGAGGGCAGGGACUGUGUGUGGCUGCGUGGUCUGCUCCCCAGGGGCAGCAACUGAAUUUAGCUUGAGUUUAGCUGUGAUGUCCAAAGUAGCCCUGACCACGCGCUGCCUGUCACUUUGUCUUGCUGCUGAAGAAAAGCCUGCUGCUCUCGCUGGGAAUCUGCACACACUUGAGUGUCUGAUGGGCCCUAAGCUCUUCUGCGAAAACUUGCACGCUCGGGGCUAGGGUGGGAUGGAACCCUGGACACGGCCUCUCCCGGCUCGGCCCAGGCUUACCAGCCUUGUGCUUCCUGCCUCCGCCACACAUCCUCCUUCCCUUUUCUCAUGAGAAAACCCUGACCAGGCAGCUUCUGGGGGUCUGAAUUCUUCCACAC